AGGUUCAGAAUCAGAACCUUCACUUCGCGACACUCAUCACUGACUCGCCGUUCCCUCGCCCAUCGCCGUCGCCGUCGAUAGCCCCUUAGGCAUCUUCAUCGCCGUCACCAUUGCUCUCUACUUCUCCAUAUCCGAGUCUAUGAAGUUCGUUUACGGAAGCUUUUGUUGGGUCUAGGUUUAGGGGUUUCUCUGUCGACGUUUGUUGUUUGAUUCUCGGAGCUUGAUCGUCACAGAAAGGGUGUGAGUAGUAAGCCAUUGGAAAAUGCCGCCAAGGAAGAAGCCAAAGUCUUCAGCUUUGAAAACAAACAAACAAUCUUCAUCCAAUCAGUCCUCACAGCCUUCCGGUGUUGGCAUCCAGCAGCUGUUCCAAAGACAUAUUCACAACUCCCAAUCAACUUCCAACUCUCUUGCCUCUAACCCCGUUGUCUCAACGCCUCCAAAUCCUCCAAGCACGGUCGAUGAGAAGCCUGAUGAGUCCAAAGAUGUGGACCGGGAACUCACUGAGGCGUCUCCUGAGGUCUCCAGAAACGCUAAGCGCUUCAAAUUCUCUCCUGGAAUGCUGAUAAAGCAAAGUCAAGAUGAUGGUGGAGAAGAUAUUACUUGGAAAAUAUCUCCUAUAGAUCAAAGACUUCGCGCAGCUGCUAAGCAGGUUCCUAAGAUGAUGGACUUGACUGAAAAUUCAGUGGGGUUUAAAUCUUCUACCCUUCGCCCAUGCUCUCUGGACAAGGUGGUGCAGAAACAAUGUCCUACAUCUGAUAUAACUUCCAAGGUGGAGCAGUGGUUAUCUUCUCCCUCAAAGAAAGCUUUCAAGAGACCCGCUUUGCCGGCAAAUAGGGUCACGGAAAGGGUGAAUCCUUCCCUAGAUGCGGAGUUUGAGAUUGUUAACACUUCCAGUAGUGGAAACAGUCCUUUCCAGACCCCACCUUCACUUUCAUGCUCUCACAACAAGCUUCCUUGUACUGUAACAUGCAGUGCAGCUUGCGGGGUCACGGGCACUGGACAACAUAAAAAGGCCUUGCUUGAACUUCUAGAUCAAGUGGAGGAUGUCAUCUCAGUUGAUGACAAAACAGCUGACGAUGUGGGGACUGUGGUGCCCCAAAUUCGUCUUGAAGAUGAUAACAUCUGUUCCGUUGGUGUCUGCAACUCCGUAGACGGAGGGCCAAUUGCUCUACUAAAAAAGGAUAAUUCUGUAAAUCCAGAUAGCUAUUUCCUUGUAUUGGAGGUAUCUGAGAAACGUGGCUUGGCUGGCUCUUCUAGGGUCCAGUGUCCUUAUAAGGUUCUUCGCUUGCUAGACGAGCGCACUGGAAAAGAAUGCGCUUUGUAUCUCUGGGAUGAAUGGUUUUACAGCACUGUAUCACCAGGAGAUUCCAUCAAUGUUAUUGGAGACUUUGACGGAGAGGGCAAGUGUGACGUAGACCAUCAAAAUAAUUUCUUAAUUGUUCAUCCUGAUACCCUUGUUGCUGGAACUAAGGUUGCAGCAAGUUUUGGUUGUCCAAGGAGAACCGUGCUAGAUGAGAGGCUAAGAUCCAAUGAACACGCUACAGCUGCCUUGCUUGGAACCUUGCUACACCAAGUUUUUCAGGCAGGUCUCACGCAAGAGUCUCCAUCUGCAGCUGGUUUGCAGGAAUAUGCGAGCAUAGUGAUUAAGAAUAAUAUUGAGAGCUUAUAUGCAUGUGGAGUGCAUGAGCGAGGCGUGAAAGCAACCUUACACGAAGCUAUCCCAAAAAUGUUGAAUUGGAUUCAUCAUUUCCGAGAUUCGAAGGACUCAACAAUAUCAAAUGUUGAUUUUGGGUCUACUAAUGGGCAGCGAAUGGUAAAGAUAUCAGAGGUAAUUGACAUUGAGGAGAUGUCAUGGGCCCCUAAAUAUGGUCUGAAAGGAAUGGUUGAUGCUUCAGUCAGAGUGAUAGUUGGGUCUGACAUGAACACAGCGAAUGAGAAACUAAUGCCUCUUGAGUUUAAAUCUGGAAAGGCUCCUAAUGGGCAGGCAUCAAUGGAACAUUGUGCACAGGUGAUCUUGUACACGCUCCUUAUGUCUGAGAGGUACCUAAAGCAUAUUGACAAUGGCCUUCUGUAUUAUCUACAGUCAGAUCAGACACAGGGAAUUUCUGUUCAAAGAUCAGAUUUGGUGGGUCUGAUUAUUCGUCGUAAUGAACUCGCAAAUGACAUCCUCGUCGCAUCAACAACCCAACAACUGCCACCAAUGUUACGGAAUCCAAAUAUGUGCCGUAACUGUCGCCAUCUGGACGCCUGCACGAUUUAUCAUAAGGCAGAUGGUGGAAACACGGAGAGUAGCGGACUCGCCGAUCUCUUUGACGCACAUGUAUCUCAUCUUUCAACUUUGCAUUUUAAAUUCAUACGACACUGGAACAGACUGAUUGACUUGGAAGCUAGAGAGAUGAAGCUUCCCAGGAAAGAUAUUGCACAUCCACAUGGUUCAAAGGGCAGCGACUCAGCUAGUCAUCUUUCUUCUAUGGUUCUUGACAUGAAAGAUGGGUUUCAGCAUCAUAGCUCUCAUAAAGAUUCUAGAUUCAUUUAUCGUUUUGUACGUCAAAACUCAUCUGAAUCUAGAGAAAGCGUACCCAUCGAAGAUACGACUAGGACUGGAACCACUGCAGCUGAUGACCUGGAUUGCAGACUUAAAACAGGAGACCGCGUGAUUCUUCGCACAGAAGUCAGCCACCUAACAGUUGCAAAUGGAAUUAUAGCAGAGAUUAGUCGCACUCAUGUAUCAGUUUCUUUUUCCAAGCGUUUACGUCUUCCUUGGAGUGAGCCUUCUUCUGAGGUGGCCAAUCUCACUAAUGAGUUAUGGCGAAUUUACAAGGAUGAAUUCAUGACAUCAUUUUCAAUUAUGAGGUUCAAUCUCAUGCAGCUUUUCAUACAAAGCAUACAUACCAUUGGCAUCAGGAAAAUGAUUGUGGAUCUUGAGCCUCCUAGAUUUGACAAUGGAUCUAUACUGAGCCAGGAUCCAGCAAUAUCAUAUAUUUGGUCAGAAAAGAGCUUAAAUAAUGAUCAGCGUCAAGCUAUACUAAAGAUACUGACUGCGAAGGACUAUGCGUUAAUCUUAGGAAUGCCUGGAACAGGGAAAACCUCCACAAUGGUCCAUGCUGUGAAAGCUUUGUUGAUCAGAGGUUCAUCUAUUCUGCUGGCAUCUUACACAAACUCUGCAGUUGAUAAUCUACUUAUCAAAUUAAAAGCACAGGGAAUUGAGUUUUUACGUAUUGGAAGAGACGAGGCUGUACACGAAGAAGUUCGAGAAAGUUGCUUUUCGGCUAUGGAUAUGUGCAGUGUCGACGACAUCAAAACAAAGUUGGACCAGGUCAAAGUUGUGGCCUCUACUUGUCUGGGAAUCAAUAGUCCAUACCUUGUGAAUAGGCGAUUUGACGUAUGCAUUAUUGAUGAAGCCGGCCAAAUUGCCCUCCCUGUAUCAAUAGGACCUUUGCUGUUUGCCUCUACAUUUGUACUUGUUGGCGACCACUAUCAACUACCGCCACUAGUGCAGAGUACAGAGGCUAGAGAGAAUGGGAUGGGGAUAAGCUUGUUUCGUAGGUUAUCAGAAGCUCAUCCUCAGGCAAUUUCAAUGUUACAAAACCAGUACCGAAUGUGUCGAGGUAUUAUGGAACUAUCAAAUGCCUUGAUAUAUGGAGACAGAUUGUGCUGUGGUUCCGCUGAAGUAGCUAAUGCCACACUUGUUCUUUCUACUUCCAGUUCUAAUUUGCCAUGGCUUAGAAAGGUUCUGGAGCCAACCAGAACAGUUGUAUUUAUUAACACAGAUAUGCUGCGUGCUUUUGAAGCCAGGGAUCAGAAUGCGAUCAACAAUCCAGUUGAAGCUUCAAUAAUAGCUGAGAUUGUGGAGGAGCUAGUUAACAAUGGAGUGGAUAGUAAAAAUAUUGGAAUCAUUACUCCUUAUAAUUCACAAGCGAGCCUCAUUCAACACGCAAUUCCAACGGCGUCUGUGGAGAUACAUACUAUUGACAAGUAUCAGGGAAGAGAUAAAGACUGCAUAAUAGUAUCCUUUGUGAGAUCGCGAGAGAAACCAAGGAGCUCUGGUUCUUCACUGCUCGGAGAUUGGCAUAGGAUCAAUGUUGCUUUGACACGAGCAAAGAAAAAGUUGAUAAUGGUGGGAUCACAAAGAACACUAUCAAAAGUUCCACUCCUGAUGCUUCUGCUGAAGAAGGUUAAAGAGCAGUCAGGUAUCUUGACUCUUUCUCCGGGGGAUCUAAAACCAUAACAAGUGAUCAAGAAGUAUCUUCGUUUCUGCCCAAAAGGACUGAAAGUGUAUAAUCAAAUUGAUGUAUUUUCCGAGUCCAGUUUUGUUGAUAAAAAAAGAAAUCAUGAGGGCAUCUAACACAUGCACAGUUCCAUUAUCAACAUAGUUGUCUGUUUAAGGAGAGUGUAGGACACAAGCUAGUAUUCAGUAACUAUAUAACAAGCGAAAUCAUUCAAAGCCCCCACUCAUCUUUAGAUCAUUUCUUCAUUGACUGAAAUUUUUUAUUGGAGCUAAGAGAAUAACUGAAAUAUUCAUGCUCUAUCAACCAAUCAAGUUUAGCAAUAGAUGUAUUUCAAAUAUUUGCAUCUACACCACAUACUAUCAUAUCAAUAUUAUUUUAUUGUUUUCAACCAUCUCUGUUAUUCAUGAAACAGAAAACAUUCUGUGUUCUUUCGUCUUAAACCAAAAGCAAUGAGCCACUAAGCUCAAUUAUUACAGCCACACACACACACACCAAAGAUACACAAACUAGCCAUGUCUAGAGGUCGGACCUCCUUAUUACAUCACUCUCUUCCUCGAAAAGCAACAGCUUAGCCCUGAAGACCAAUAAUACC